AUGUAUAAGUGUCCCCUCAAACAGAAGCUGUUUCUUAUACAAAACCUUUUUACAAAAGUGCUCUUCCUCUCUCCUCUCAACAUCCCAACCACACCUUCUAUGGAUGCGGCUGAUGUUGCUCCCAAAGGCUUCAGCAAGGACCGGAAUGAAGAGCUAGAAGAAGCUAGUCCAAAGAAAGGCACUACGAGAUCUUUUCAACCUCCUACAGAAUAUUCAGGAAUAUGUGAGUUACUGAAGAGAAGCAUUGCAGCCAUGCAGGUAUGUCAAAGCCUUCAGGCUGCCCCUUCUAGGCCUACCCUGCAAGGUGCCCAGGACACAAUCAGGCGCCUGAGCCAUUAG